AUGUCGCGCGGCGGCGGCCAUUCCGAGCCGACGAUCGAGAAGCCCUUACCUACCGUUAGCAAGUGGGCAGAAGAGUCAGCGAGAGACGACUGUUCCCAAACCGUCACCGGCGGGUUCCUUGCCGCUUUUGGCGCCUCCUCCUUUCCUCGUGUAGCCGUGUUGCGCUGGCGGCCGGCCGAGAGCCCGAGAUGUGGGGCAAAUUUCGGCCUGCCCGCAGCGUCUCCCCCGAGCCAGCCCGUGGCCGUGCGUGACAAUGCCCACGCGUCUCCCUCUCCCUCUCCCCUCCUCCUCCUCCUUGCUGUCGCCGGCGCCGCGUAUGGCCGCCGCGGUAUCUCUUCCUCCUCCUCCUCCGGCGGCGGCGGCCUGCUCCUCCUCCCCGCCGGCAGCAGUGAUGAUGGUGCCGGCGCGACGACGACGGUCCUCCGGCUCCCGUCGGCGGGGGAGGAGAAGGAUCCGCCGGAAGCCGCCGCCUGCGAGAUGACGUACGGCUUCCUGCCCUGCACCGACACCGUGCCCGGCAACCUCUUCCUCGUCCUCGCCUACGGCUUCCUCAUGUUCAAGGCCGCCACCUACCUCUCCGCCGGCAGCGAGCUGCUACUCCAGAUCCUUGGCCCAGGCAUCGUCGGUGGCCUCUUCCUCCCCAUCCUCGGCGCGCUACCCGACGCAAUGCUCAUCCUCGUCUCUGGGCUCUCCGGCACUAAAGAGGUUGCGCAAAGCCAGGUUUUGAUUGGAAUGGGCCUGCUUGCAGGUUCAACAGUCAUGCUUUUGACCCUUCUCUGGGGAUCUUGUGUUGUUGUUGGCAAAUGUGAUUUGUCGGAGAACUCAAUUGCAACUGAUUCUCGAGAUACAAAAGGCUUCAGUCUUUUUGGAUCUGGUGUUUCUACUGAUGUGCAGACCAGCUAUGCUGCAAGAAUCAUGGCGAUAUCUGUGCUUCCCUUUAUUAUUGUUCAGAUACCCCAAAUUCUUAAGCUCCAUUCUGGUCAUCGUUUGACUGUCCUGCUUGGACUUAUUGUUGCAGCUCUACUUGUGCUCGCCUAUUGCCUAUAUCAGAUCUUUCAGCCAUGGAUCCAGAGAAGGAGGUUAGAAUAUGCAGGACUAAAGCACGUAAUGUCUGGACUUCUAAGACAUGCUCAGAUGCACGUUUUUGGUCGUCUUCUUCAUGAAGAUGGAACACCAAAUAUACCUGUGAUCGAGAAGUUGUUUCAUAAGAUUGAUCUGGACAAUGAUGGAAAACUUGAACGCGGCGAACUACAAGCUUUCAUCAUUGGUGUUAAGUUCGAAGAUGUUGACUUGGAUAGUAACCUGGCUGUAGAUCAAGUCAUGGCAGACUUCGAUAGAUCACAUAAUUUUGUCAUUGAAAAGGGGGAGUUUAUCGACGGAAUCUUGAGGUGGCUAGAAGAAGCGAAACGCUCGGUUGUUACCUCCGGUUCCUACUCGAAAAAGUUUCUGCAAGAUUUUCACACAAGAACUAGGGAUGAGCAUAAUCUGCUGCUUGGAAAGGACGAUAACGAUGGCGAAGCUAUUGAAAACCCAACCUGGACCAGCUUUAAGGCCAUUCUACUUUUGCUCCUGGGAACUGCAAUGGCAGCGGCAUUUGCAGACCCACUUGUUGACGCCGUGCACAAUUUUUCAAACGCUACGAGUAUCCCUUCGUUUUUCAUCUCUUUCAUUGCAAUGCCCCUGGCUACCAAUUCCAGUGAGGCUGUCUCAGCAAUCAUAUUUGCUAGCCGGAAGAAGCAGCGGACUCUGUCACUUACAUUCUCUGAGGUCUACGGUGGGGUGACCAUGAACAACACGCUCUGCCUGGCCGUGUUCUUGGGCCUCAUCUACGUGCGGGGUUUGACGUGGGAUUUCUCGUCAGAGGUCCUCAUCAUCUUCCUCGUCUGCACCAUAAUGGGCCUCUUCACCAGCUUCCGGACAAACUUCCCACUCUGGACGUGUUUCGUGGCCUAUCUGCUGUAUCCGCUGUCCCUCGUCAUCGUCUACGUCCUUGACUUUCAGUUCGGCUGGUCAUAG